CUCUGCUUGUAAGGAGCAGCAGUGAAUCAGCCCUCAGCCCCCCAGUGGAGACGUCACAGCCCCCGCAGCCUCAGGAGCCCAACGACAGGCCUGGCCCUGAACCCCCCACGGGGGUGAACCAUGGACUGGACAAGACCGGAGGACACAGAGCUGAUGUCUCGACUACCAAACUCAACACAUUCUCUCUCAGCAGCCUGACCAAGACAGUGGAGAUCUCAGGAGAACACGGUCCGCUGGGGAUCCACGUUGUCCCUUAUGUCUCCUCUCUCAGCGGACGGGCUCUGGGCCUGCACAUUCGUGGUGUGGAGGAGAACAGUCGUUCUAAGCGAGAGGGGAUCUUCCAGGACGAUGAGUGCAUUGUUCAAAUCAAUGAUACAGAGUUAAUGGACAAAUCCUUUACCCAGGCACAGGAAGUGUUCCGUUAUGCUAUGCGGUCCCCCAUGGUGCGUCUGGAAGUAGUUCCUGUCUCCAACAGGGAGAGGUACGAGAAGAGCCUGAUUGGUCAGCUCUUCAACCAAUCAGGCAGUCCCAAAGCCACACCCAAGACUUCCUCUAAGGAGCCUCCUUCAAUCAAACCUGCCUUUAAGCCCUCUGACUCUCCUACUGCCCGAAUGGCUGAGGACAGCAGCAGCCUAGAGGGCCGACCAAUGGGAUCCCCCCAUCUCGCCCACCCUGUCCCCGUCAGCCUAUCCCCUGUCCCCAAGGAGAAGAGUGACAGCCCACUCCUGAAGAGGAGUCCCACCUUCUCUACCCUGGUGGGCUUCACCAGCAAGAAGGGAGGGAAGAGACUGAAGAUCGAUUUAAAGAAAGGUCCCGAGGGUCUGGGCUUCACGGUGGUGACCAGGGACUCGUCUGUCCACGGUCCUGGUCCUAUCCUGGUCAAGAACAUCCUGCCGCGCGGGGCCGCCGUCAAAGAUGGACGCCUGCAGUCAGGCGAUCGGAUCCUGGAGGUGAAUGGUGUGGACAUCAGCAGGCGCAGCCAGGAGGAGUUGGUGUCCAUGUUGAGGAGCACCAGACAGGGAGACAGUGUUGCUCUGCUUGUGGCCAGACAGGAAGAUGUUUUCCUGCCCAGAGAACUGAAGGAGGAGGAGGCACGUGCUGUCCUGCUGUCUGAGGAAGGGAAGGAGCAGCUGAUGUUUGAGGUUCCUCUGAAUGACACAGGGUCCGCUGGUCUAGGCAUCAGCCUGAAGGGCAACAAGUCCAGGGAGACAGGAGAAGACCUGGGCAUCUUCAUCAAGUCCAUCAUCCAUGGUGGAGCUGCGUACAAGGACGGUCAUCUGCGUGUCAACGACCAGCUGAUAGCGGUGAACGGAGAGUCUCUACUGGGGAAGUCGAACCAUGAAGCCAUGGAGACCCUGAGGAGAUCCAUGUCUAUGGAGGGGAACUUGAGGGGCACGAUACAGCUGGUGGUGCUACGAGCCCUGGUCCAAUCAGAGGAUCCAUUUGUCCCCUCGAACCAGUCUUUUGAUGCCUCUGUCAGCUGCCCAGCCAGAUCAGCUAACAACUCAGCCCAGCUGCCUGUGGUCAACAACGUCAUCUAUGAGAGAUCUAAUGUCUUCAAUGGAAGUUCCGCCCACGUUGGUGAAGAGCAUGAUGACGAGGAGCUGACUCUUAUAUAUCCCCGUCAGGAAGCCCUGAGUCUAGCCCCAGGGGAUAGCUCCACCAGGCCCAUCCCUGGACCAGCCCCAGGGGAUACCAGGCCCAUCCCUGGACCAGCCCCGGGGGAUACCAGGCCCAUCCCUGGACCAGCCCCAGGGGAUACCAGGCCCAUCCCUGGACCAGCCCCAGGGGAUACCAGGCCCAUCCCUGGACCAGCCCCAGGGGAUAGCUCCAGCAGGCCCAUCCCUGGACCAGCCCCUGGGGAUAGCUCCACCAAGCCCAUCCCUGGACCAGCCCCAGGGGAUAGCUCCAGCAGGCCCAUCCCUGGACCAGCCCCAGGGGAUAGCUCCACCAAGCCCAUCCCUGGACCACAGCUGGCCCAGUUUCAGUACCACCACACCAAGACCUCCAAGACCUCCAAGAGCAUGGACCUGGAGCCCUCCCCGGCCGUGGACCUUGGUCCCACCUUGGGUUUGAAGAAGUCCAGUUCUCUGGAGAGUCUGCAGACGGCCAUGUCAGAGGUCAGGAAGAAUGAACCCCUCCCCUUUCACAGGCCACGCCCCCACAUGGUCAGGGGGAGGGGCUGCAACGAGAGCUUCAGAGCGGCCAUUGACAAAUCUUACGACGGACCAGCUGAUGAAGAUGAUGAUGACCUGUCAGACCAGAGUACGGGACGGGACACCCCUGCCAGCGGCUCCUCUCGCCAGGGCGUGGGGGAAGAGGAGAGGCAAGACAAGAAGAAGAAGGCCAAAGGAACGAAGAAAGAGAAGCAGUCCAACAGUAAAGGAAAGAAGAUAACUGAGGACGUGGACGAGUCAGACAAGAAGGCCAAGAAGAAGAAAGGUUUUGGUUUACUGAGAUUUGGAAAGAAGAAAGAUGCGAAGGUAAAGAAAGCAGAAGCCAAAGCCACGCUACAGAGACAGAAGUCCGAGGUUCUGAGUGAAGAGGAGCUGGAGAGGAUGAAAGAGGAGAGAGAAAGGAUCGAGGCGAAGCACGCGGAGCUGAGGGAGCGUCAGGCCAGAGAAAAAGGACCUGAUGUUGAGGAUGAUUACAUGGACCCCAACUACGCACGCAUCAACAACUUCAGAGACAACUCCUCCCCGCGUCACUCCCCCUACAGUAGAACCCGCACCCCAUCUCCCCAACGCCCGCCACCCCACGGCCUCGGCCCCUCCCACGGCAACGAGCCAUCCAAUAAGGUCCCCCUGGACGGGCUGUACGCCAAGGUCAACAAGCAGAGACAAGCCCCGCCCAUGGCCGACAGUAGUGUGGAUCGUAUCCAGCAGCUGAGGAGAGAGUACCAGCAGGUCUGCAGAGAGGGACCAGUGCCAGUCUAUGAAGAGAUAGAGACCAGACAAAGAGGACCUGAGUACAACCAACACAAGGUGAGAGUGGCUGGACCUGGGCCUGAUCAUCGUCUAGCUCCACGCUACGAAGAGGUGGAGCGACAGUAUGCUUCCUUGCCCAGGCGUGGCCCGAUGGAUCCUUCUGAGGGGUACCCAAUACAGCAGACAGGCUGGGUUGGUCACUACCCUGGCCCCCAACCAGCCUACCCCAAUCCCAACUACCCCCCAGAGUAGACCCCAACUACCCCCACAGGGUUGACCCCAACU